UUUUCCUUCCAGUGUAGCAAUCAUUGGCCUCAACGUAAACAGUCCACAGCGGCCGCACUGUGCGCACUGCUGCCAACAACCGGGAUGAUGCAGUGGAUGAGAAUCAUCCGCAAUAAAUCUAACGCCUCCUUAUUUACAUUUAGCAUAACAACGCGCGUUUGCUCAUUUUCCUCCGUCGAGGGAUGUUUUCCAUUGGAAUCACGUUGAUUGGAGUGACAACACUCUCAUUUCUUUUCAACACGAGCAGACCGCCCAGUAUAACUCCUACAACAGCAUUAGUUGUUAAAUGCUGAAAAAUAAAGUGUGAAAGCCGCCGGAUUGAACGAGGAUUGAUGAGGAGUUUCCCUUAGAGGAGCCGGCCCCUCUGUUAUGUAUUCUGUUUUUCUCCCAUUCCUCUCCCUUCCAAUGUCCCUCUCUCUGAGAAAAAAAAAAAAAAAAAACACCCUCCCCACCACUCGGCAGCUACAGCUUGAUCGCGCCCACCCAAAGGAUCCAUCUUCAGAGGCGGGUGACAUCAAUUUGAGGACCAAAAAGGCCCCCCCCCCCCCUUGAAAACUUCUUCAUUCACAAACACUGGACGUGUACAAGGCUCGCAUUCUUUUUCGAGCCAACUUGUCUCAAGGUUGAAAGCGUGAGUGUCUGCACAGCACAAAGGAGCCUUGAAAAGUCAAAAUGAGAAGGCGUGCACUGCAGAAUCUGUCCCCUAAUGAGGCCCCUCUGGAGCUCCUGCUUGUCUUGUUGCUUGGGUUACGAGCCCUGGCCGCGUGCCCCGCCGCCUGCUCCUGCGGCCGCAGCCACAGGGACGUGGACUGCUCACGGAGGGCCCUGCGAGAACUGCCCGACGGCCUCCGGCGCGACCUGCGCUCCCUCGACUUGUCCCACAACCGACUUCAGAACCUGGACGGCGCGCUCGCCCCCUACACGCACCUGCGCGUCCUCGAUAUUUCGCACAACCGCCUGAGCCGCCUGCCUGAGCGCUUGCCUCGUUCCCUUUGGCAACUCCGCGCCGCCUCCAACCGAAUCCUCCUUUUGGACAAGAACGAUACGGUCCACCAGUGGAACUUGAGGGUGCUUGACCUCUCCGACAACAAGCUAGAGAGGACCGUUUUCAUUAACAAUACGCUGAUCAAUUUGUGUACACUCAAUUUGAGCUACAAUCACCUCUGGACUUUUCCGACCAACAUGCCCGCACGCCUGGAGAUCAUCGACAUCUCCCACAAUUCACUUGUGCAAGUACUGCCGGGAUCGCUGGACCGACUUCCCAAUUUAUCCUUCUUCUACCUCCACGCCAACCGCCUUUCCGAGUUCCCCUUCGGGGUGUUUGAUAAGAUGACGUCGCUUCGGGUUCUCACGCUGGGCAACAACCCUUGGGCCUGCCACCUGGGGGCUGACGUGACCUACCUCCUAUCCUGGGUGCAACGUACCCCCGCUCUCGUCUUGGGCUGCCCCUGUCGCCCUCAACCGAUCUGCGGCGGGUUAAAGACAGGACGAUGGAACUUAACCUCCCUCAGUAUUCCUCUGGUGGUGGAGAGCACACGAGUGUCCCCCCAGGACUCCGCGAAGGCUUCAGUUUCUGCAGAUCGUAGACCGCACGUCCAUUUCCAUAGUGUUGCUAACAAAACCCCACCUGGUUUCUCGUUCACAGGAACAACUCGAGUCAUGACAAAAAGACCAGUGAAGGUAACUAACUACUUCUUUGCAACAGAAAGCACCACUAUCCAGGUAAAGAAGACAAGCACUCUUCGGAAGGAUGAUGCCUCGUCGUCCGGUUGUGUCGACAACAUUGGUCAGACUAACUUCUUCUCACCCUUUCUUCCGGUCACCUUCGGGCUCCUUUCUCUCACCCUGCCUCAACGUCUCUGAAGCCUGGUUGACACGAAGCUAACAUUACACAUGUAAACAGACUUUUAGCAUGUACGAGACCCAAUGCAAUGUAAACACCUGGGUGGGAAUAUUUAUUGACGUUAACAAUCCCAAUCCAGCCCCCCCAAUCUCAUCUCCCACCGUCCACAAAGUAUCUGUCCAUGAACGAAUUUCUGGUGAGA